GAAGACAAUCAGUUACAAAGCAGAGAAGAGUUCUGCCAGUAGUAGAAUGCUGAUCCCUGUCACAGGAUCGCUGGCAUCUCAGAGCCAUACAAAGCAGUAUGCUUACAGUGGAAAGCACAGACACAGCCUCAUAGUAAAACACGCACACUGUGAACUCUUUGAUUUCCCCAGAUGUUAACCCCUUCCUGCUCAGUGCCAUUAGUACAGUGUCAAUGCUUUUUAUUAGCACUGAUCACUGUAUUGGUGUCACUGGGGAUGUCAGUGACACCAAGUCAGUUUCCCCAGUGUCAGAAUGCCCGCCGCAGUCCCGCUAUAAGUUGCUGA